AGAGCGGCGGUGGCGUGCGGGGGGUCGUCGUGGACCCCGGAGAUGACGCCAUGAUGGCCUACGGAGGCACCGCUGGCAACGGGGGUGCGAUGGGCCCGUCGUCCGGCGGCGCGGACGUCCUGGGCUCCGCCGGGGAUUACAGCCCUCAGAGUACGCCCACGCCCUUGACGGGACACUCGUCGGGCUCGGUGGAGAACGCCUACACGCCCGGUACGACCGGAGCGGCCAGCUACAGCCCGCAGGACAGCCCGGCGAGCUCCGCCGGCGGCAGCGGCAACGGCCUGCCGAGCUUCGGCUUCACGCAGGAGCAGGUCGCGUGCGUCUGCGAGGCGAUGGUGUCGAAUGUCCAGGUUCUUCAGCAGGCGGGCUCCGUGGAGAGGCUCAGCAGAUUCCUCUGGUCUCUGCCGGCGUGCACCAGGUUGCACCGGCAUGAGAGCGUGCUCAAGGCCAAGGCGAUCGUCGCCUUCCACCGGGGCCAAUUCAAGGAGCUCUACAGGAUCCUGGAGAGCCACACCUUCAGCCCGAACAAUCAUCCCAAGUUACAGGCCCUCUGGCUCAAGGCUCACUACAUCGAGGCCGAGAGGCUGCGCGGAAGGCCCCUCGGCGCAGUCGGGAAGUACCGGGUGCGUCGCAAGUUUCCCCUGCCGCGCACGAUCUGGGACGGGGAGGAAACGUCGUAUUGCUUCAAGGAGAAGUCCAGGAGCGUCCUGAGGGACUGGUACGCCACCAACCCGUAUCCGUCGCCGCGCGAAAAGCGAGAACUGGCGGAGAGCACCGGCCUCACCACCACGCAGGUCAGCAACUGGUUCAAAAACCGAAGGCAACGGGACCGCGCCGCCGAGCAUAGUGGCCAGAGGGAGGAUAAGGCCCACGGCGGGGGUCUCGGGGACUCCAGCAGCGAGAGCGGCGACGAGACGAAGCGGCAGUCCGGCCAACAGCAGCAGCAGCAACAACAGCAGCAGCAGCAGCAGCCACCGUCCUCCUGCGCUGUUCAGCAACAACAACAGCAGAUGGUGGACCAUCAGCAGACCUCCGGCAUGUACCAGCUUCCGCCUUCGGUCUCGGUGUCCAGUCCGCACUCGUAUCACCAGGGUCACGGCUCGACCCUGAGCCAUCCACAUAUGCAGCAUCACGACACGAGCAGCGAAAGCGGCGACGACAAGCGGAACCUCCAUCAUCAGCUGCAGCAUCAUCUUCAGGUCGGCGCUCACGGCACCCACGGUCUGGUCCAUCCGUUACCACCUCCACCACCACCGCCCAGCUGCGCCCAGCAGAAGAGUCAGCUGGAUUACAUGCAGUACUACAGUCCGCAGAUACGUCUGUGUCUUCUCGCGACACGUCGAGACGGGUCGAAGGAGUGCGAAGAUGGCCGUUUUCUGUCGCAGGACUACCUGAUCGGCACGCCGACCUCCGCGGAUCUGCAGAAGUCCUUGCCGCACACGGCUACGUCGAUGCAGAUGGGCGCGAUCGCGCCUUCCAUGGGCGGACUGAGUCCGAUGGGCCCAUCGACGAUGCUGUCCAACACGAUGCAGGGUGUCAACACCAUGAACACCAUGUCGAUGAACGGCAUGGGCAUGGGCGCCUACCAGAGCAUGGGCUCGAUGGGGAUGUCCACGACGCACGCGACUUACCACAGCGGCCUCGUGCUGGGCGAGUACCAUUCCUUGUGACCUUGGGCCCCAAGCACUCAGAGCAAGCGCAGCCAGGAGAAGACUUAAUGCAUCCGGCGAGCGACGCGCGAGACCGAUCGAUCCAAGGUACUCGAACUCGACUUGCUGGCCAGCGGAUCGCCGAGGAACCGUCGUCACCGGCCGGCAAAAAUGAGAGGAGGUUCGUCGAUAUUCGAUUGGUUUGGGUUUUACCUGCGCUGCCGUCCAGUCACUCGAGUCACCUUCUGGCAUUUUUCUCGAGUCACAAGUCACUAUCGCCCAAAAUGUGCCGCUAUAGUCACUUUUUCUGAGCUGCCGUUAAAUUUGUAAAACAUAGACGUUAUAUAUAUAUAUAUUUUUUUGCCGUCUCUCUUGAUAAAACUGCUCCGAAAAAGGAACUCGUAUCGUUUAUGUCUUUGGUCUUCUAUGAAAGAAAUUUGCUACGUGUUAAAUUAUCCAAAGAUAAACUGGCAAUGUUACUUUUUGCUUGAACGUUCUUAAUCGCUCUCAGAAUUUGACUAAGAAAAUGUCACUUUUAGUCACUAUCUCCAUUUCCGAGAGGUCACUUUUGUUAUCUUUUCUGCCAAGAAGGAGUCACUAUUUCACUUUUUUGUUGGUUUCGGUAACUGGAUGGCAGCGUGAAUUUUGGUGCGAAAUUGGCAAAACAGCUUCAACAGUUCGGAAGGGAAAAUCGCGAAUUCGACUCGAUGACACGAUAACGCGGGUUACCUGGAAAUCAAAAUCUCGUUUGACACAACACAGUGAUGAUUGUCUUUGGCGAUCCUUGGUGAUGUUCGGAUAAGCAGAGAGAAAAGUUCCCCGUGGCUGCACCGCCGGAUCCGCGGCAACGGGGCUUUUCUCUCGGUGGGUGUUUCGGAGCGUAUGAAGAGCGUCGAACAAGCCGUCUGUUAACAACGAUCGUCGCGACCGCCCCAGCAUUCAGAGAGAUUUUUUAACUUCGUUAAGUGAUCACCACUCGGCGCAUUCGGGUAGAAAUAUAACGAAUCGAUACUCAAAGAAAACUGCUGCUCGCAAGACGCAUACUUGCAUAGCGAAUAUUUUUUUUUCAAAUUCACGACGUGAGUUUGUAAAUUCUAUCAAAUUUGUGAAUUCGUUCUUUUUUUUUUUUUAUGUAGUAGUAUUUCUAAACGAGACUCUUUGGUUAUUUGUUCACGCGAGAAUUCUCGGUUAAUUUCUAGUCAAAAGUACUUUCGGUCCACCUGCGAAAAUUCCUCAGCCGCUUUCCCACGGAAAGCUAACAACUCGCCCCGCGAAGAUCCUCCGAGGAAGCGGUAUCAAAGGAUGCCGAGGCGGCGAUGACGUUCCCGAACGAACGAAAUAGCAAAAGACAUAUUAGCAUUUUUCUUUCCCAGUUCGUACACUCGCGGCGAGCCGGCCAAGAACCGGCUUGUGUUUGCCACUACUAUUUCCAUAAAGUAAACAACGAGCGAAAAAUCCCGCCAGCUUUUCUGUCCCGUCAUCGUACUUGGCGCCGUAUUCUUCUUUCCGUUUUCCUGCCCGAGCGGAACAAAAUUGCACGAUGAUGCGGUGUCUCUUCUCUCCCCCCCCCCCCCUUUUUUUUUUUUUUU